AUGUCAGUUGCUACGGAGCUGGCUGAUGAAGAUGGAGAAGAAGACGGUCUGCCGCACGCGCACAUUAUUAUCUGGCUCGACCCCGAAGAUAAGCCGCGGCCGGACACAAUCGACCAGUUCGUGUCGGCCGACAUCCCCGACCCGGUGGCGGAGCCAGAGCUGCACGCCACCGUGACCACCAAGAUGGUGCACGGCCCGUGCGGCGCCCACCGGCCGGCAGCCUCUUGCAUGACUGACGGCGUGUGCAGCAAACGGUACCCCAAGUCGUUCGCCGCUGUCACCGCGGUGACCGACAAUGGGUACCCCAAGUACCGCCGCCGGAGCCCAGCGGACGGUGGACGCACCGUCGUGCUCGACAGGCAGGGCCGCCAGGUUGUCAUUGACAACCGUUGGGUCGUCCCCUAUAACCCCCUCCUCAGCCGCGCCCUGGACUGCCACGUGAAUUUCGAAAUAAUAACUCACGCCUUCACGUGCAUAAAAUAUGUGAUAAAAUAUGUCAUUAAGGGCGCAGAUCAGGUGAUGUUCAGGGUUGCGGAUGGGGAGGAAGUGGUGGACGAGAUCGCCACCUACCAGCAAAGUCACUACCUCAGCGCCAUGGAGGCGGCCUGGCGUCUGCUGGCCUACCCGGUCCACGACCACGCGCCGACGGUGGAGCGGCUGCCGGUGCAUCUGGGCGGCGAGGACCAGCCGCUGCGCUUCGCCGCCGGCGACAGGCUAGACGAGGUGGUGCAGCGCGGGGUGGACACCAAGCUAACCAGCUUCUCCAAGCUAUGUGCUGAAGAUGAUUUCGCAGCCACUCUGUUCUACCACCACGAGGCCUGCUCGGCGCUGGGCCUGCUGGAAGACGGCCAGCACUGGCACCGGGCCAUGGCGGAGGCGGCCGUCAUCGCCUUUCCGCGGCAGCUGCGACGGCUGUUCGCCGCGGCGCUCUGGCUGGCCCAGGAGACACGUGAGCUUCAAACCUUCAAGAAACAAAUAUGUUACAUAAGUUGUAGAUAUAAUGCUGCUAAAAGGAAAGGUGGUCACCCAUGUGCAAAGUUUUUGACUAAGGCAGAGAAACAAAUUGUGUCUAUAAAAUUGUCCAGUGUAGUAAAAUCCUGUGUGGAUAAUACCAUUGUAGAUUGUUUUGAUGUGGUGAAUGGUGCGUCAGCUGGACAUGAGAGUGAUGGACAUGGAUUUGGCAGUGGUGCAUCUGGGCAUGCUAGUGACAGUGGGGCAAUCAGACAUGACAACCAAAAUGGUGAUGAGAGGUUAACCUCUUGCGGGGAGUCACCAAACAGUGAGCGUGUCAAAAGGGCAAGUGAUGAACUACUUAGUCAAUCACAAGCCGAGUGCAGGCGGCUCCGAUCCGAGAAUGCCCAGCUGCGUUUGGACUUGUACAGAGCCCAGCUGAGGGAGAGGCGCAAGGAGCAACGCCGCCCAUUGGAAACGUAUAGCAGACGACAUCAGCACCGAAUCAAGGCCCAGCUUGCUGCUACUGCGGCAGCCUAUGGACUCCAGCUGGCGCCCCAGCACACGCCCCCGCCAACCACCGAAACCGCCGAUGUACGUCGUGUCACAGCUGUUCUGGAUGAGAAUAACAUCUCCCUGCGGAAAUACAGCCGAAUAGCUGCCCUCACUCCAUCUCUCCCAAGAAAACACGCCGUUCGAGCGCAUCAGCAAAGGCUGAAUAGCUCCGUUCGUGUGCACGAUUGCGAGGGUGGCGCCCGGCGUGAUCUCGAAGACGUCCUCACCGAACUUCAGCCAACCGUCGCUAAAGGCAACAACGGUUCCAUCAGAGUGAAAUUAGCAGGAGACGGUGCUCCGGCAGGGAAGUAUCGUUCGUUCGUUAAUAUCACUGUCACUCUCAUCGAUGAGGAUCAGCCAAAGAGAACACCUAUUCUGCUUGCGACGUCAGCUAUUCGUGAGAAUUACGAGAAUCUUGCCGUCAUUCUCCAUCCUAUCAACCACUCCGUUAAGAAACUCUAGGAGACUGGUCUUGUCAUUGGCGGUAUGCAGACAAAAUUUGUUUUCUUUUUGGGCGGUGACUACAAAUUUCUUCUCACUGUUCUGGGUAUGAAUGCUGCAAAUGCCAGGUUUGCUUGUGUUUACUGUAAUUCUUCCAACGUGGUUUAUUGGAAACGAGGAGGUGGUGAGCCCAGGUCAGAGUUCCGUGUCGGCACGCAGGGCGUUAAGCGGCCAAACUUACUAGAUUCGAUCCCAGCGUCAAAUGUAGUUUUCUGCUACUUACAUCUGUUUUUGCGAACCUCUGACAAAACUCUUCUAAUGAUUCGACGUGAAGUGCCAGAGGUGCAUGUCAACUCUUUCGUUGAUUAUCUGCAUUCGGUCAUUACGUGCCGUGGAAAAAUUGUUGUCGUGAACGGCAACGUCGAAUUCUCUUGCUUAGACGGUGAAGACAGGCGGCGGAUACCCAAAGAGUUCUCAGGGAGAUGCGCUGCUUCGGUUUGUGGGAAAAGCAAGGGGCUCCCAGCUGAGAUGUUUUUUGGUCGCUUACAUCAAGGUGCUUGGAGUGGCCAAGGACAGCAGCGACGCUGCUGAGGUCGAGCAAACCUGUGGCAGCUUCAUGAAAAUGUUUUUGGCAUUAUUUCAGACAUCUAUGGUGACCCCGUACCUCCAUAUUCUUGGGCACCACUGUCACGAACUCGUUUCCCGUGUCGGCCGAAUCGGAGCAUUUGAGCAGCAGAGCGAGGAAAAGUUGAACCACAUUGUAACUUCAACUUAUUUCAGCACCACAAACUUCAAACAGUCCCCAAAGCAAAUCAUGUUCAGGCGGGCGAGGGUACUGAACCACGUUCUUUCAAACAUGGAAAACACGUGAAUGACUAUCCCUGAGGCCGAAUUAUCAGCUGUUUUCGGAUUUCAUGCUUCCGUCAUUUACCGCACAACGGAGCGAAGUGUCCAUGCUUAUAUCCCUUUCAUAUGUGCAAGGACUUUAGGAGGAUUGUUGUGUUGUGUUGUGUGCAAAGAAAUACACGCUUCGAAUAAA